UAAACAUCAUACAUGUAUAUACGUGUUGUGUACAGUCAAGAUCAUGGCAGUGCCGAAUAUACCCACCACUGGUCCCAUUAUAUUGCACGAUACUGAACCUGAAAUCGACGGGAUACUGUAUCCGAAAUUUAUGCAAGAGAAAGUACUGAGACGAAUUAAAGACAUUGAAGUCCGUGAAGAUGAUGUAUGGUUACUAUCUUACCCUAAAACAGGAACCCACUGGAUGAAAGGAGUAUUGUAUCAGAUAUUCAACCACGACACACCAGAAGGCAGUGGGGACAAAGAGGCAAUGUCGCCAGAUGAUUUUGUGCCAUUCCUUGAAUUCCCCGAUUUUAAGAAACCGGGUGAGUACAGUGAUUAUUGA